AUGUCUAAGUCUUUUCUGUUGCUCUUCUUCACUUGCAUCAUCUUCUCGUUGAGUUGCAGCACCCCAUCUGAUUCAGGAAUAUGGUUCCUGCAUCAGUACACUAGACAAGGUGGGAGGAAAUUCGAGCAGAAAACGGAUAAGUUUUGGGAGUUUCACCAGCAAUCAAACAGGUGGGUUGAAGUGGAACAACCUUUCGAUCUAGUUUCAUGUGUUGAUGGUAGCUGUACAAAGGUUUGCUCAAUAGGUCAUCAGAGGAACAAGACUGAAAAGAACUUAGAAGAGGAAUCAACUCCUGUUUCUAAUUCCAUAGGAAUUACUGAAAGAAAGGAACAAGUUUAUAAAAUCUUACCUUUCAGAAAGAGAGUUUCUCUGAUCAAAAUGUCUGAUGCAUCUAUCUGGAUCACUGGACCGAGUGGAUCAAUAUAUGAAAGAUUUUGGAAUGGUCUGCAGUGGGUAUUAGCACCACAUGAAUUUCCUGUAAGUGCAGGGCAGGCUACUUCAGUCUUUGCUGUUAACCAGACAAUUCUGGCCCUUGCUGAGUCAGGGAAUCUUUAUCAGCUGCAGCUUAAUGAAAACUCACAGCCAGUAUGGGUUGAAUCCACACCAGAACUUGAUCGAACCACAAGCAAAGAAGCAGAGAACAAUUUUCCUCAAAUAACUUCUGGAGUUACUUCUGACGAUAGGGAGAGGUUGUAUUUUUGCACUAAGAAUCGGUCGUUAGUUGAACUUACCAGUAUUGAACCCCCCAGGUGGAGUACUCAUGGUCGACCACCUGGUGCCGAUGUUGAGGCAAUAGUUGAUGCUUUAUCUGCUAGAUCAGAAAUAGUUUUUACUGUGAGCUCUGUAGGAGAUCUCUAUGAAUAUGACCAGAGUACUAAGCCAGCAUGGAAGAAGCACAUACAAAAAGAAGGUUCAGCACAAGACAUCUCUCUGGCCCCAACUAAAGGAUGCAGCUUUCGGGGUCCGAAUGGAGCUAGCACAGUUUCUCUCUUUCUUGUGACAAAGGGUGGGAACUUGGUCGAGAGGCAGCUUCUGCAUAGGAAGUGGAAAUGGAUUUCUCAUGGAAGGCCAAAAGAUAAUGUCCUGACCUCUAUCACAUGUGCAUGCCAGACUGAACUCAAUGAAAAUCUGAACACAAUGUUUCUAACUACCGAAGCUGGAUGCGUUUUUGAAUAUCGAAUUCCUAGACUAACAGGCACAUCUCAGGACAAACAUGUUGCUGGGCAGUGGGUGAAUCACAAUCAUCCUGACCAUGCAAAAGUCGCUAAAGGAAUAGCAGGGCUGCAAUUGCAUGUUGGAAGGUUUCUUUUCCCACUGGAUGAUGGAAGGCUAUCAGAACUACAUUUACCAGGUAUAGGUGGUGAAGAUUCAGCACCAAAUCAUCUGGUUAAUUCCCGAAGAAAAUUAGCCAUCAAAUAUGUAUGGUCCAUAUUAGAAGCUCCAGAAACUGAAGGAUGGAAUGCUGAGUAUUGUACUGAAGAACGUGGACCUUCAAAUUGUAUCUCAGGCACGAAAGACGAAAACAAUGAAGAUCUUAAUAAAUCAUCAUCAAGAAAGCGACAAGGAAAUAAUGCACAAGAAGUCUAUUUAUCCCUUGGUCCAUCACAAAUCAAUUCUAGCAAACAAAUUGGACCUAAUGCAGCAGAGAACUGGAUUACCAAGAACUUCAGACUGCGAGUGAUGCACGAAGGAAAAUCAUUCUUCAUGAUAACAGAUGAUGGGCAGAUUUUUGAAUAUCUAAGUGCUGAAAACGUGUGGUUGUGGUUGAAACAUGAGCAUUUAACUGCCAUCAAAGGAGCAGUUGGGAGCUACAAUGGGAGUUUAUUCCUGGUUGAUGAAAAUGGAAGUCUACUUAUUAGAGAAAGAACAAACACUGGACUAUCGUGGAUAAAUUGCACGUCCCUAAGGAAAGGAAAACAGAUCACUGGUGGUCCACCUUGGGAUCCUAAUCCAGGAAAGGGAAGAAAAGCUACAGCAAGUGAUGCACUUUACUUUGUCAGCAAAAGCGGAAAUUUACUACAGUUCACUGUUGCCUUGAGAAAGUUCAAAUGGAAAAAUUGCCGCAACCCACCAAACACAAAGAUUGCAAGUAUAGCAGAUCAAGAAAUGGUUAGAGAAAACAUUGUCUUCGUUAUUGGGAGGAAUGGUAGACUGUAUCAAUACAACAAAGUUACGGAGCUUUGGCAUGAACAUUACCAAUCACAACACUUGAUUAUCUCAAAAUUUCCUGGAACAGCUGUGAGGUCACCUUCUCCAUCAUUGAAGGGGUCUCUUUUCAUGGUGCUGGAAAAUGGCAGACUAGUUGAAUAUCACUGGGAUACAGUGGAUGGUUGGCAUUGGGUAGAACAUGGAACACCAGGUGGCAAUGUCACUCUAGUGGGCUCCCCUGGACCAUGCUUCGAAGGUGGUCAUCUAUUUUUGAUUGGCUCAGACGGAAAUGUCUAUCUUAGGUACUUGGAUCUUGAAUUAUGGAAAUGGAAUAACUAUGGCUUUCCAUGUGAUGAUGGAUCAAAGAAUGAUGAGGAUGUAAUACAACACGCAGAAAGAAAUGGAAAAGUGGGUCGCAGUACAAAUGAGGAUCAUAAGAAAACCUACAAAGAUUUAGCAGAAUAUUUGCCAGAACUUGACAAAACAUGUGAUCCCAAGGUGGGUUCUACACGUCCAAUUCGAUUUGCAGAUACUUCAGUCAUAUUUGAGCUUAGAGACGGUAGAUUAGCAGAAUUGAAGAAAACUGACAACGGUGGCUGGGUAUGGUCACGUACUAUCAGCACCCCAACAAGUUUAUGUCUAGCAAACUAUUGGGCAGCUUCAGCUUCAUAA